GUAUUGUUGGCAUUGUUUGUUAGCUCUGUGCGCUUUAAUUAUUAUACAAUCGGACAAACAGACAGACGUGUCGCAUCGUUUAUAUUUAUUUGAGAUGUUGCGAAGUUCUCUGCUGCUCAGUUGGUGCGUGGCGAUGCGGUAGUUCGGUACGGUUAAGCUCUAGACUACACGACCGAGCGGAAAAUAAUAUAAAAUUUGUUUUUAAAAAACGGAGAUUUCAAUACUCACAAUACUAGCUUUGGUUGCUUCUGAGCUUUGCCAGCGGACCGGUGGUGUGCGAGGGAAAUGGAUUUGAUAAAUUAAAAGGUGUUUGAAGAAAAAAUCGUGCCCACAAAUGUGUUUGCGUGUGCAGAAGACGCAGGAGAGUGUAGAAAAAGAUGAAUUAUUUAAUACAUUUGCGCUCCAAGAAAUUGUUAGUCGUGAAAAUUAGCAUAAAGUUGGCAAUUUAAGCGUUUAGAAAAUUACAAAGUGUUGGCAGGUGGCUGAGCAGUAGCAGUGACAGCGUCAUCAUCAUCAAAUCAAUAAAGUUCAUUACGUCUUGAAUUGGAAGACGUGCACCGGCACAAAGCAGCAGCGCGUUAACCAGAAGAUUCUGCACAAGAAAAAAUCUGCUGACUUCGGAGGUCAAUUAAAACCUAUUCAACUGCGCCACAGAAUGACUGCCGUUACUAUGGAUGUGACCAAGCUGCCGAACUCGCAUGACGGUAUUGAGGUGCAAAUGGAUAGCUUAGACUCGAGUCACGCUUUUACAAAUUCACUGGAAGAUCCCAAUCCGCCCAAAACCAAUGUGUUCAAAUCGAAAAUAUUCAUCGUUGCCGUCACAUUUUCCAGCGUACUCUUUACCAUUAUGUGUAUCGGUUUUCUGGUGCAUUACGAAAUGACCAGCGACGUGAUUACCGACGAAGAUAUACCCUUCUGGAAUGUAAAACUACCGCCAGAGCAACAAGUGUGGUAUGAGAAGGGCAUUGAAGAGUUGAAGAUUGCGAUGAGUCGGGAAAUUAAUCGACGACGGGCUAAGAAUGUUAUACUCUUUGUGGGCGACGGCAUGGGUCCGAACACGGUGACCGCAACCCGCAUUUACGGUUUCAAAGAGGAGGGUCUCUUGAGUUGGGAGCGUUUUCCGCACAUGGGCUUGCUGAAGACCUAUUGCGCUGACAAGCAAGUGCCCGAUUCAUUUUCCACUGCAACGGCGCUCUUCGGUGGCGUUAAAGUCAACUAUGAAACGGGUGGCGUUGACGCCAGUGUCACGCUUAAUAACUGCAGCACUUCAUUAGAUCCGGCACAUCAUGUGCAAACGAUACUCAAAUGGGCGCAGGUGGACGGCAUGAACACCGGUUUCGUGACAACAACGCGCGUAACACAUGCAACACCAGCGGCCUUAUAUGCGCAUACGCCCGAUCGACGUUGGGAGUGUGAGGCGAAGAUGUCUGCGCAGGCGCAACAAGAGGGCUGCAAGGAUAUUGCAAAGCAGUUGGUGGAGGAUGAGACGGGUCGUAAAAUAAAUGUUAUCAUGGGUGGUGGACGUCAAAUGUUGGUUUCCGGCGUGGAGGACACUCAAGCGGAUCCGAUCGACACUUGGGCUUGUAUUUCGGAAGACGGACGAAAUUUAAUCAAUGAUUGGAAAACAUACAAACAACAAGCAGGUCAACGCCAUGCAGUCGUGCAAAAUAAUGGUGAACUCAACGCGUUGGAUGGCGACUCAGUGGAUUAUGUACUGGGUGUUUUUGCAAACGGUCACCUGAAAUACGAUCAUGAACGUGAUCGCAGCGAUGCAGGCAUGCCAUCUUUGCGCAAUAUGACCGUAAAAGCGUUGGAAGUACUGAAGAGCAAAGAUAAGGGCUUCCUGCUCGUCGUCGAGGGCGGCAUGAUCGAUCAGGCGCAUCAUCGCGGCACAGCAAGGCGUGCGCUUAAUGAAGCGCUGGCGCUAAAUGAAGCUGUCGAGGCAGCGGUACAGGAGAUGAGUGAUCAACUGGACGAAACUUUGAUUAUCGUAACUGCUGAUCACUCACAUAGUUUAACCAUAAAUGGCCAUGCGGAACGUGGCGCCGACAUAUUGGGCGUAGCUUCAACCUCCAAAACCGAAGGCACGCCCUACACAACGCUCACGUACGGCACCAGCUACAAAGGUUUCCAACCUGAUGCUAAUGGUAAGCGCGUAGAUCCUACAACACAGGACACCACAGCUUGGGAGUAUACACAGCAGGCAGCCAUUAAUACCGAUGAAAAUUUGCAUGGUGGUUCCGAUGUAACCAUACACGCCAAAGGUGCCAUGGCCUACUUGUUUCACGGCGUACACGAACAGAGCUAUGUGGCGCAUGUCAUCUCGUACGCUCUACGUAUUGGGCGCUUCCGUGAUAGCACGAUUACCGAGUCUUUGGCGGAUCUAAUGCCGUUAUAGUAUAAAAUUAAAUUGGCAUAAUUAAUAAGUGGUCGUGGAGAUAGAAAUAACUAAAUAAACGCACAUGAAAGUCAAAUUACGUAUAUAUGUAGAUGUGUACUUAAAUGACGUACAUACAUGUACACGAGAUGUUUAACCGUAUUUUUAUUGGAAUUUUUUCUAAUUCUUUGAUUUUUCAUCACCUCGAGUAGUUAAAAUUUGUAUGCGUACUUAGGAAAUAAAUUAAAUUUAAGUAUGUGUGUAGUAAAAUACAAUUUAUACGUUAGAUGAAAACAAACCGUUAUUUAUUGAUUGUGAUGCUGUAUGUAUGCCAUUGUUAUUUAUUUAAGUUGAAUAAAAAAUCAAUCGACGAAAGUUUUCAGAAUGAUAAAACGAA